GCCCAGGGCCGUCCCCCGCCCCCGGCAGCGGGGCCCGGCGGCGCCGGCGGGCAGCGCGGGGCUGGGGCGCUCGCACAAGAUGGCGGUGGGGCGGCGGGAGAGCGCGCUCCCCUCGUAGAUGCGGCCGCGGCGGCCCCUGCUCCCGGCGCCCGGCGGGGCUUACAUGGCGCUGGAGGACCUGCUUUGUCUCUGCUUCUCCGCCCUGGCCGUCCUGGCUGUGCAAGGGAGGCUCUUGGAAGGGGAUUCUCUGGAGCUGAGCUGUAGUGCUGGUCCUGCAAAGGUGAUACUGGAGCCCAACCAAGUCGUGGUUUUGGACUGUAACCUGGCCCCUGCGGAGCAGGUGAUCAAUGUCACGUGGAAGAAGAAUGGGUUUCCACUGGUGGAGCAGGAACAUCUCCACAUCCUUCCGAAUGGAUCGCUCUUCAUCUCAUCCCAGGCUGUGGCAAAGGACAGUAUAUACCCCGAGAGGGAUGGUGCUGAGGGUAACUACUCCUGCGUGUCUCACAGCUCCCUAGGGGCUGUCACCAGUCAAACAGCUGCAGUCAGAUUCUCAACCUUAUCACGCUUUUUCCAACAGCCGGAGUCGCAGACAGUGGAAGAAAAUGGCAUGGCCCGGUUUGAGUGUCGCAUCGAAGGGCUGCCCUCCCCUGUCAUCACGUGGGAGAAGGACCACGAAGCUGUUCCAGCAGAACCCAGGUUUAUAACUCUUCCAAAUGGUGUCCUCCAAAUUGUGGAUGUGCAGGAGAGUGAUGCUGGGGCUUACCACUGCGUGGCAACCAACGCCGCCCGAAGACGUUACAGCAACGACGCGGUCCUCAGUGUGCUGAAAGGUUCCCAGCCAGCAGGAGGAGAUGUCACCAUCGUCGCCGCUCCGGAGAACACCACGGUGGUGGCCGGGGAGAGCGUGGUGAUGGAGUGCAUGGCGGCCGCUGAUCCCACCCCCUUCGUCUCCUGGAUACGACAGGAUGGAAAGCCUGUUUCCACAGACGUGAUUGUGCUGGGUCGGACAAAUCUCCUCAUUCCUUCCAGCCAGCCCCAUCACUCCGGGGUGUACGUCUGCCGCGCCAACAAACCCCAGACCAGGCAGUUCGUUACGGCCGCAGCUGAGCUCCGCGUCCUCGCAACCCCCACAAUCUCCCAGGCUCCUGAAACCAUCUCUCGCACUCGAGCCAGCACGGCUCGGUUUGUCUGCAAGGCGGAGGGUGAACCAGCCCCGACUAUUCACUGGCUGAAGAACGGCGAGACCAUCCUCUCCAAUGGGCGGGUGAAGGUUCAGAGCAGCGGGAGCCUCGUCAUCAAUCAGAUUGGGUUGGAAGAUGCUGGCUACUAUCAGUGCGUGGCUGAGAACAGCCUGGGCAUGGCUUGUGCCACCGCCAAGCUCUCAGUCAUCGUACGAGAGGGUUUGCCCAGCGCUCCCAAGAAGGUGUCAGCCGUGUCCCUCUCCAGCACCACAGUCCUCGUGUCCUGGGAGCGGCCAGAGUACAACAGCGAGCAGAUCAUCGGCUUCUCCUUGCAUUACCAGCGGGCUGUGGGAACAGAUAACGUGGAAUAUCAGUUUGCUGUCAAUAACGAUACCACUGAGCUGCAAGUCAAGGACCUAGAACCCAACACCAACUAUGUCUUCUACGUGGUCGCGUAUUCUCAGCUCGGAGCCAGCCGGACAUCCUCUUCCAUUGUUGUUCAGACCCUGGAGGAUGUUCCUAGUGCUGCCCCUCAGCUGUCCCUGUCAAGCAUGACUCCUGGUGACAUCCGUGUGACGUGGCUGCCACCUCCUCCAGAGCUGAGUAAUGGCAAGAUAACCAAGUACAAGAUUGACUAUUGCACCCUCAAGGAAGCAGAUCAGGUCACCUCCAUUGAAGUGGGCGGAAAUGAGACACAAAUCACUCUCUACUCGCUCCAUCCCAACAAAGUCUACAAAGUUCGCAUCGCAGCCAGCACCAGUGUGGGUUACGGGGCCCCUUCGGAGUGGACCCAGCAUCGGACUCCGGACAGAGACAACCAGACGCACGUUCCCUUUGCCCCAACAGAAUUAAAAGUCCGAGCAAAGAUGGAGUCUCUCCUGAUAACAUGGCAGCCCCCAGCCAACCAUGCCCAGAUAUCUGGCUACAAACUCUACUAUCGAGAGGUGGGCCCGGAGGAGUCCAGUGACGAAAGCCCUUUGGAUGGUGCUGAAGAUGAGGGCUGGGAUGUAGGACCCAUAAAACUGAAGAAGAAAGUGAAGCAAUAUGAGCUGACUCGACUAGCUCCUGGGAAACUCUAUGAGGUGAAGCUGGUGGCAUUCAAUAAGCACGAAGAUGGUUAUGCAGCGGUUUGGAAGGGCAAAACAGAAAAGGCACCUGCAACAGCAGUAGAUCCCCCUGUGCAGAAGGGUCCUCCGCUGCCUCCGGUCCAAGUCUAUGCAGAGUCCAACAGCUCAACUUCCAUAUGGCUCAGGUGGAAGAAACCUGACUUCACCACAGUCAAAAUUGUCAACUACACCGUGCGCUUCAGCCCCUGGGGCCUGAAAAACGCAUCUCUCGUUACAUACUACACAAGCUCGGAUGAAGACAUUCUCAUUAGUGGGUUGAAGCCCUACACCAGGUAUGAGUUUGCUGUGCAGUCCAACGGCGUUGGCAUCGAUGGGCCCUUCGGCAGCGUGGUGGAGCGGUUCACCCUUCCUGACCGUCCCUCAACUCCUCCGUCUGACCUGCGGCUGCACCCGCUCAACCCCUAUGCUGUCCAGGUGCACUGGUGUCCCCCUGCUGAGCCCAAUGGCAUCAUUGUGGAGUACCUCAUUCUCUACAAUGCCAACAACACGCAGCCUGAUGACAUGUGGACCUUGCUGACGCGAGAAGGAAAUAUCUUCAGCACUGAAGUGCAUGGCCUGGAAAGUGAUACCAGAUACUUCUUCAAGAUGGGAGCAAAGACAGUUGUGGGAUCUGGUCCGUAUUCGAAUGUUAAGGAUGUGCACACUCUCCGGGAGAAGCUGUCUGAUGUUCUGGACAUCCACUCUGUCACCGGAAUCAUCGUGGGAGUCUGCCUGGGGCUACUCUGCAUUCUCUUCUGCAUGUGUGCCAGCUUCCGCAACAGCAAGCAGAGGGAGGCCUUGCCUGGCCUGGAUCCCCAGGCAGCCGGCAACCACACGUACUACCACCGGAGCAGGCAAGGGGUGGCGGCUCCCAGUGCCACCUCGGAUUCACAUGAGCUGGAGUCCCUCAUGUCUCCGCUCCCUGAAGAUGCACCCCUGCCCCUGGGGGACAUCACGGAGCUGACGGAAGUGCACAGCCUCAUCCACACCAGCCUCCCUGAGGACAUCGUCCAUGGGAAAAGGAAGUCUUUGUGGAAUAAAUCAGCCAACCAGCCCUGGACAAACAGCAUCGCCAGAUACGGGGAGAGCAUCACAAAAGAGCCUCUUUCUGCUGUGAACGGGUCACUGAAGCUCCCGUCCAGCGCGGGGCAGAAGCUUUUGUUACAAGCUCUGGUUUACGAUGCCAUGAUGAAUGAAGCAAAGAAAAGCCACCCGCCAGCUACCCUCCACCAAGUGGAGGCAGAGGUCAUUGUCCAUUCUGAUUUUUCAGCCUCUGACAGAGAUUACGAGUCCCAGCUGCACGCCCUGGAGAGUGAAGAGACAGAAACUGAGGACCAGGAACCUGAGGAGGUCUCCUCCGGCGAGCUGGCUCUUCCCAGUUCUCCCAGUCCCCAGCAGGAUGCUCGCCCAGUGUUGGGGGGCUGCACGGGCGAUUCUGAGGUUCAGGCCCAGGACGAGCUAUUAUGUAGCGACAAAAAGGUGAACCAAACAGAGGCUGUUUGCAGCCAUGGGCUCACCAACGGCUUCCACAGGCAUGGGGAAAGUCUGGAUUCAGUGGAAAGCAGAGAUUCGGACUCCAUCCAGGACGGUGCGGGGGAUGCGCAGCCAGUCAAGUGCCAGUCGCUUUCCCCAGCCCCGGAGGAGUACCCUCUCUGCAGUAACUCUGGUUUAACCAUUUCAUCCUCAGCAUCUGAGAACAUGGCACGUGUCCACAAUCAUUAAAGAGUGAACUAAUCUGAUUUUGAUCAUGGGAGAGCUGGAAGCACUAACAAGGGCCUGUCCCUGGGAGGUGCUGCAUGCCCUCGACCCACUGAGCCCAGCAGGAACUCAGAAGGUGCAGCAUCUCACCAGAGCAAGAUUCAGACUUCUCAGCUGUACAUAUUGCCUUCAAGAAACCAGUGAUUUCAGUAAGGGUCCACCUUCUUCCCGCUGAAGCUGAUGAGUUACUCAGUUUUUGUGGGAGCAGGAUUGAGCCAUCUGUCAAGGUCUGACAUGAAACCACGGCUAGAACAGAGCCUUCCACGCUAGACUGGGGCUGUCACUUCGCUGUAAUCCUUGAGGUGACUGGCAACACACCUUUUAAGGCUGGGAAGAGCCAGGGUGCACCAAGUGGUUCUUCCCAACUGUCUCUUCACCAGGGAGCACCUUGGCACUACCUGCUGCCUGGCAGCAUUGGGAUGGACGUUGUCAGGAGUUCUGUGAGGGGGUGGACACCAAUGAAACAAUUCAGUGAGCUGGAACCACCAGGCUUUUCUGCCCUCCCGUGGUUAAAAGGAUUAUAAGGCUCUCUCUGUGUGCUACCGCAGUAACUAUUACUAGCAGGCUGAUGUAGUGGCCUUUUAUUACACACUCUACGAGUGCCUCUAACAACUUGUACUAUAUAGAACCUUCUUCAGUGUCUGGGUCCUUUCACCAACCUGGACUUUGGUUUAUGUAGGUUCUUGUACCUAAUAUUUUAGGUACACAUCUGUCCUUUUAAUGUACAACAUGUAUUUUUAUUUCCUUGGAACAUCUUUAUAUUAUUUAAUUUUAUAAAGUGGAGUAGUGUGUGGUAUAGAGUAGCAUUUUUACUACUUCUCUCUUUCUUUAUUUUUUUCCUCCCUAACAACACAACUACCUCAUGUCUGUUGGAGAAAAAAAACAAAACAAACAAGCAGUAGAUCUACUCUUUUGUUAUAGUCCAUUACAGGUUUUAACUUAUUCUUAUACUGCCUUUUUCUAAAGAAUAUGUUUGCACUGGUUGUUGACUCUUUUUUAAUGCAUAGUACUGCAGAUCUGAUGUCUCUCUUGCUUUGUUUCUAAGCGUUGCUGUAGGACACCUUCCCCACAGCUGGAGAGUUGGGUUGUGUUUCUCUGUAGGACUGUUUUGCAGGAGCUGGCCAAAGGAGACUGCUCCAGCUGGCGGGCUGUCGAUCCAUCUUUCCUUAAGAAGCUUAUACUAAUGAAGAGAAAAUCGAACCAGUUAAUUGCAAAAAUUAACUUGUGAUCUUGGGGAAAAAAAGAAUCAACUAUUAUAAAAGUAACUUGUGAUCUUGGGGAUAUCUAUUUCUCUUUUUGUGCCCAAGUAGAGACAGCUCAGGUGAUUUUGGUUUCCAGAGGGAAGCUCUCAGCCUUCUGCAAGCAUCGGACUUGCUGAAGGCUUUGGAUGUACAGGAAAUUUUCCAGUUACUUCUGAGAGUCCUGGGUUUGUGUUUUUUUUUUUUUUUCUUUCUAUUAAGAGCAGAGACUACCAGAACUUAAAAAUUAAAAUAAAAUCUUUCGUCUCCUACUAGUCUGCUUUGAAAAUCAUCCAGUGACUCUUCUUGCUGACACUGUUUGCUGCUGAUAUCUCUCUCAGCCCAGUCUUCUGCUGUUGGGUGAACUUUUCUCUACCCGUUCUUUGGCCUCUGGUUUGACUGGGAGGUAACAAGGAGCAGUAAUUCUGUUCGUUGGGUGUUUGGUAAGUGUUCUGCUUUCCUGGAGGAUUCAGAUAUCGGGCUGUUUGUUUAAAAAGAGAGAGAAAAGAUGCCCUUCUUCCUCUUUUCUUACUGAAAUUCCCCCGAAGCUGUAUGGGGAGCUGUGUGCUGACCUGAGACCCUGUAGAAGACUUUAGACUUCGUUUUCUUGUGGUGAAAUCUGGACUGAGAUACCACAGCUUGCAGCAAGGACAACCUUGCUCCACCAGCAACCUGUUCCUGCUUCUGUUGUGAAGAGCCAUGUCACCAUGUGCCCUGUGUUUGGAGCUGCGCUGGACCAGCCCGUGUCCUUGCAAUCCUCGCUCAAACCCUCCGAGCUCCAGCUCUUCAUUAGAGGAGUAUUUGUUGGGAAGGAUAUUGAAACUUCCACCACUCCCUAUCCUGAAGUGUCUCCUCCCACCAUGACACCCUGUUCUGGUAACUGUCUGGAAUUCCACUCGUUGCACUUACUCCGUUGCUGCAGCUGCUGCUUGGUAUCUUGAAGAGUCUCAAAAAUGCUGUUCUGUGCUCCAAAACACCAUGAUUCUGAAAGGCUUUGGCACACAGACUGGAAAUCAGUGCUGGUGAGCAGGCUGGGCAGGAGUUAGUGCCAGAAUGAGGAGCCAGAAAGGCAAGAAAUCAUGACUGGGCAGAGGAAAUGCGUAAUUAACCUCCAGAACUCAUCGCCACAAGACUUUGAAACUGAUGACUUAGCAGGGUUACAGAUAAGGCAGCGAUGUGUUAUUGCAGGCAAUGAGGGCAAUUCACAGUUAUUUGGGAGCGGAUGCAGCCGCAGAGGUAUAAACCCUCCAGCUGUGGAGGGCGGGGGCAGAUUUCUGCAGCUGGACCACAGUUCACAGUUGUUUUCAUGCAAGAGUCCUUGUCCUUCCCCAGUGACAGAACAGACCCUCCACAUGCCGCUUUGCCACUGCUGAUGUGCAGAAAGGGAGAAGGACCUUCCCUCCAGAGGAACCCUGGAGACUUCACCUCCAAAACCAAGUCACCCACCUGCAAGCGUGACAUGCUGCCCAGGGACUGCUUCUGCUCAGCGCCCUGGCUGCCAGAGGGCACUGCCGAGGGGAGUUUGGCCACCAGUGGGUACAACUGGGGUACCCGUGUUCUCUUCCUGGUUCCAUGUCGUGACACUACCUGGGGCAGGUCACGUACUGGCCCUGAGCUUUCCAUCUGGGGAGUUGUGAGGAUGGAGGCUUAGUCCAGGGCCUGAUUUAGGAGCGUGCCACAGUUUGGGGGGCACUACUUUGAACUUCUGCACCCUCUGCUCUGUCCACACUGACUUUAGCAACCCUAUAGCCAUGGGGUGUGCAUUGCCAAUCUGCCCAGAAGCCCUCCCUGCCUGUCCCCAAAGCCAACACAAGCAGGCAUGGUGUGGCACUGGUCCCCUCGGUCACCUUGGGCCAAUCAUGAAACCACCAAGUUAGUUCCAUACUCCGAGAGCUUUGGGGGAGAUGCGGUAGAGUACAAACAAUUCUACUUAUGCAUCACAAAAAUACCUUUGUCUUGUCAUGCUGAGGCUCAUUCUGAUCUUGUUACAACUCACCAAAUUGUACCAGAGCGCAAAACUGGGAGCAUUGGGAUGUCCAAGUGCUGCUGUGCCUGUGGACUGGUAUUGCAGACCUAAGCUACAGAAAUCAAGGCUGUUCCCUCGGAGCUGAGAAAUUGCCACCGACUGGCAGCAGUGAAGCUGCUCUCUGGAUAAAUGUGUGUCCACGCAGUGCUGGGUGUCCUCGUCCAACUCAUCUGUGCCUGGUCGGGGUCCCCCCUGUCCUGAACACAUGUGGGACCUCUCUAGUCUCAGCUAGAAAUGAAUGGAAGAAGACAGAUAGUGCACAUUUUAUGUGUAAAGCUGAAACAACCAGUGCAUAUAUUUUUUUAUCAUGAAAUAAGUAGCUUUCUUGCAGAUUUCUCACAGACACACAAACUGUUGAUACCUUUAAUUACCCGUCAUACUUAAUAUAUGUUCCUACCCAUCAAGCUCCUUUCUCCCUUUUCUUCCUUUCAGUAACACUAAAGAUUAUUGCUGUUCAACUUUUUGAUGGUGUAUAUUGUUUUACAUUGUUAAAAUGUCAGGUUUGUCUCACUGGCAUAAUUUUGUAGUAUUAAUGUUACCAUUUGGCUACCUGUAUAUUCCCCAUGCUGCUGCGAGAGUCACAGUUCUCAUCCUGCUGUUUCUUUUAAUUCCUUGCUGUAUGAAACACAUGACUUGGAUAAAAAUCUCAACUUGUAGUUGAUUUGAUUUCUUACUUAACAGACAGCAAAGUUCUGGUUUAAGUAGUUCAAAUGAGAUAAUUUAUAAUUUAGGUUUUGAGAUAUUUUUGCAUUACUAGCUAACAGUCCUGAGAUCAUCCCACGAAAUAUACUGUGUAAGAAAACAACCGUUUCCAUAGAGCACUAUGUAUGGUUUUGAUCUCAUUAGAAAUAGAUGUUUUGAAGGGAUCAUUGUGUCUUUUCUAAUCAAUACUUUUGUUAGAAAAGAGGUGUUUAGUCCAGCAGAAACCCACCAUCUAGUUCUGUUGUAUUCCCUUGCUAAUAUUUUAAAAUUAAAUUUCAUUUUAUUUUCUACACAGUGCGUAAGGAUGUGUAACCAGAACUUUAUCUCCUUAGAAGACUGUGUCUGUGUUUGGCUCCAUGCUGUACUUAAUUAUAACUUUCUUUCUUCAGAGACUGUUCUUACUCCACAAAUACUCUUUAGUGUUAAAGUGUAAGAAGACAUUGUCCUUAUAUUCCUUAACUAAUGGGUUAUUAAUAAAAUACUUUUAAAAACGA